AGCACUGCUGAAAUCACUCCUGCUGCUCCAAAAUGAGCCGCAGAGCGGAGAGGAACCCACCGCCCUCCCACAGCGUGACGACCCGGGGCUCCUGGAACCCCAAGGAGGGUCUUCCCUUCCCCAUCACCCUUCAGCAGCCGAAGUCCAGCCUGGACUUGCUUCCCUAAGGCAGCAGAUGCAGCGCAGCUCUCGAGGAUGCGCUAACAGGGAAGGAGCACGGAGCCAGCCUGCGUGGCGAUGUGCGCUGGGUAUCAAAGGAGGAGCUGGGGGCACCCAGGGGCCGGGCCGUGCCCGCGGCCAAACCCAGCUCCUCAUCCCCAGCGUGCAGCAGCGGGGUGACCGAUCCUGCGAGAGGAAGUGGCCGGGCUGCGGGGCGAGCGCAGGAAGGGGAGGUGAUGCUGGGUGCCUGAGUGAGCGCCCCGGGGGACCAGAGCGGGAGCUCCCGGGGCCGAGAGCGGGAGCAAACUCAGCUCUGCCCCUUCCAUGCUGCGCAGGGAGGCGGGUGCAGGGGGAGAGGGAAGGGUUACCCAGCGCGGCUGCCUGUUAAAGAGAAACAGCUCCGCUGGCUCCCGAGGAUGAGCAGGAGCAGCUACUGCAGAUAAGCGCCGGCGAGCGGAGGAUGUGAGAGCCGGGUCCCUGCUGGUGCGGGAGCCGGAGCGGGGACCGCCGAUGGUCAGCAGCCCCCCGGUGAGCCCCGGGUGUGCUCGGCCUCUCGCCUCUGCCGGGCUUCGAUGACCAUCGGCAGCAGCAUGAGCAGCGGGUACUGCAGCUUGGAUGAGGACCUCGAGGAUUGCUUUUUCACAGCAAAAACCUCUUUCUUCCGGAGCACACCGAGCAAGGUCCCUGCCAAGAAUGUAACACAAACAGUAGAAGAAGAAAAACCCGAGCCUCCGACCAUCCAGGAGAUCAAGCAGAGGAUUGAGAAGUACAAUGCAAAAGUUACAAACUGCCUGUUGAUGAAGCUGAACGACGAUGGGACAUACACGGGAUUCAUUAAAGUGCAUCUGAAGCUGCGGCGCCCUGUGACGGUGCCGGCGGGGAUCCGGCCCCAGUCCAUCUACGAUGCCCUCAAGGAGGUGAACCUGGCCGACAUGACGGACAAGAGAACCUCCUUCUACCUGCCGCUGGAUGCCAUCAAGCAGCUGCACAUCAGCAGCACGACCACGGUGAGCGAGGUGAUCCAGGGGCUCCUCAAGAAGUUCAUGGUGGUGGAUAACCCCCAGAAGUUUGCACUGUUCAAGGAGAUGCGGAAGGACGGGCAAGUGCUCUUCCAGAAGCUGCCUCUCACCGAGUACCCCCUGUACCUCCGGCUCCUGGCGGGUCCUGACACAGAUGUGCUCAGUUUUGUGCUGAAGGAAAACGAAACAGGGGAAGUCGAGUGGGACGCGUUCUCCAUCCCAGAGCUUCAGAACUUCUUGAUGAUACUGGACAAAGAAGAAAAGGACAAAAUCCAGCAAGUGCAAAGGAAGUAUGAGAAGUUUAAACAGAGACUGCAACAGACCUUGAAAGAAGCCAAAGGGAAGCCUGGAUAACCCUUUGGAAGCACUGGGAUCAGACUAAGCUAGAUAGUACUUUUAAAAUGAAAAGACACUUCUCAGGACACCUUAUAGUAGUCACCCUCCCUCUUCAUCCUCUCCUGAAGUCCUUCAAGUGAACAUAUUGCAUUUUCUCCUUCUGAAAGCUCUUCUCCCAGGGCCAGAGAACGGGGAGCCUGUUUUCAAACCAUGCUGCUCAACCAACCAAACACCGUCAGAGGAGCUCCGUGGAAGAUGCUCCGUGUUGCAACCCAGCAGGAACACCUACUGGCUGAUGUCUUGAGCAGGGUCACGCUUGCUGUUAACGCUCCUCUCAGUGACUUGCGUGUCCUCGUGUGGAGGUGCUGAGCUCACUGCGUGUGCCCACGUGGCUGAGUUCUGGUUUCAUAAGUAGAGCACAGGAAGCAGGAGGUGGUUGCACCAAACCAUGUGGGUGUUGCAGCCAUAACCAAGGCUGUUUAUGGGCAUGUUCAGGGCUGAGAGAAGCAGGGAAAUGCCAAGUUCUGAGCCCAAGGCAGCUGCAACACCCAAAGAGUUGUUAGUACACAUUAGUGAAACUUGGUGAUCUUAAUUCUAGGGAAAAGUCAUCUGUUUUGAUUCUAUUUAACUUCCAGUUGUGAAAACAGAUGUGACUGAAAGCACAUCCCCCUGAU